AUGCCAUAUCCUACCCUAUCCCCCCCCUACCAACUUCCCACUCGUCAACCCAAUAACCACCCAACCCCCUCCCACCACAACCCACACACCCUUUCCCCCCAAACCAACAACCCACCCCAUCCACACCCCACCCCCCCCGCACCUAUCAACCCCCCUCACCACCCAACCCCUACCUCCCUCACCCAGCCCCAAUAUUUUCACCCCAUCCAAUUACCCAAAUCAUCCUAUACCCCCCUCUCCACAUACUCUACCCCCCAAACCCACACCCCUCAAAUCCCCCCACCACCCCCUCCCCACUCCGCCAACCCAAUCAACAAACACGUACCGAACCUAUCACCCAAAUCCCCAACAACUCCCCUCCACCACAACACAAACCACUACUCCUCCUCAUCAAAUCCCUCUCUUUUCAAUCUACAAUAA